AUGGUUUCUAUCAAAUCUCUCUCAACUAUCUUUUUUCUCUUACUCGGCAUUGGCAUUUGCUACGCCACUAGCGGGAAUCUCUUAACAUACGGCGAAAUCCCGGCUGGACAUGGUGGUGGCGGUGGUGGAGGCCACGGUAGUGGAGUUGAAGGGUAUGCCACUGGUGGUGGUGGUCACGGUGGUGGCGGUGGUGGAGCUUCUUCUUCCGGUGGCCAUGCUAGUGGCGGUGGUGGAGGUAGUGGUGGUGGUGGUGGAGCUGCUUAUAGUGGUGGAGAUCAUGCUAGCGGUUAUGGAAGUGGUGGUGGUGAAGGGGCUGGUGGUGUAAGUGGUGGACAUGCUGGUGGGGGAGGUGGUGGAAGCGGAGGCGGUGGCGGAUCAGCAUACAGUGGUGGAGGUGAGCAUGCUAGUGGUUAUGGAAGUGGAGCUGGUGAAGGUGGUGGCGCAGGUGGAGGUGCUGCUGGAGGUGGAGGCGGUCAUGGAGGAUCAGCAGGUGGAGGGGCUUAUGGUGGUAGUGCUUAUGGAGGCGGUGAAGGAGGCGGAGCUGGAGGCUAUGGAGGCGGUGGCGGUGGAGGAAGUGGGGGAGGAGGAGCUUACAGUGGAGGUGGAGCUCAUGGAGGUGGUUAUGGAAGUGGUGGUGGUGAAGGAGGUGGUUAUGGUGGUGCAGCAGGGGGAUAUGACAGUGGUGGGGUAGGUGGUUCAGGUGGAGGCGGCAGCCAAUAUGGUGGUGCUUACGGUAGUGGUGGUUCAGGCGGUGGACACGGUGGUGGAGGAGGCUAUGCUCCAUGA